UUUAACUUAAGCUUCAGGUGUUUAUUUCCAUCUGAUUCUAUUCCUGGUUAUCAAACAAUGAGCAAAGCCGUCUAGGCUGGAUAUCAACCGAGGAGAUUCCCGUCAGACUUCUCCUAAUGCUGUAUGAGAUACGAAAAAUAAUUCCUCGUUUUAUCCAAGACGACAGGGGCAAUUGACGGAGGUCGAUCAACCUACAAACCUGCUCGCCUUUCUAAUGUGGCAGGAAUCUGGGGCGCUCUGAGGAAACCCACGUGGUCACAGGGAGAACAUACAAACUCCACACAGACAGCACCUGAGAGUGAACUACAAUGGGAUGGCAUAUCCUCCAUUCUCUGCUAAAUGGGGUCAACAAAUACUCCACGUCGCUGGGCAAGGUGUGGCUCUCGGUGAUUUUCGUUUUCCGUGUGUUGGUCUUGGUGGUGGCGGCCGAGACGGUUUGGGGAGAUGAGCAGAGCGACUUUGUCUGCAACACCCAACAGCCCGGCUGCAGGAACGUCUGCUAUGACCGCUUCUUCCCCAUCUCCCACAUCCGGCUGUGGGUCUUCCAGCUGCUCUUUGUGUCCGUCCCCUCCUUACUCAUCGGCAUGCACGUCUCCCAAAGGAAAAAGAGCAGGAAGAACAUCAAAAUCUUUCACCUGAAUGCAGCUAAACUGAAAAUAAAAAUCGAUGCCCCUCUCCUACGGACUUACCUGGUCAGUCUUGUCUUCAAGAUGCUAUUUGAAGCCAGCUUUAUGUACUUGUUCUACUGGAUCUACGAGGGCUACCAGAUGUUGCGACUUGUGAAGUGCAGUGAAUACCCCUGUCCCAACACUGUAGACUGCUUCAUUUCCAGGCCCACCGAGAAAACGAUUUUUACCAUUUUCAUGCUGGUGAUUUCGGCAUUGUGUAUCGUUUUGAAUGUGGCUGAGCUCUGCUUUUUGAUCAUUAGAUAUUGCUUUGUGCAUUGGAAGCAAAGUAUGUUUUCUGCAGCAGAAAACAACGCGAGAGACAGAAGAUUAACGGCUAUCACCUCCGCCGACAAGACCACGGCUGACACAGAUAUUGACCAAGACAGCCACUCAGAACACUCCUCUGUCUGUUAAACCCCCCCCCCACAUUUUAUGAAUUUAGACGUUAGAAGUACAACGCAUCAAUAGGUCAUUCGUCCAGUGAUCCCCGCACACCAACAUAGAUAGAAACAUAGAAAUUAGGUGCAGGAGUAGGCCAUUCGGCCCUUCGAGCCUGCACCGCCAUUCAAUAUGAUCAUGGCUGAUCAUCCAACUCUGUAUCCCGUACCAACAUUAUCCUACACACACUAGGGACAAUUUACAAUUUUACCAAAUCCAAUUAAACUACAAAUCUGAAGGUCUUGGGAGUUCGUGAGGUAACCGGAGCACCCGGAGAAAACCCACACGGCUCACAGGGAGAAUGUAUAAACUCUGUACAGCCAGCACCUGUUGUCAGGAUCGAACCCAUGUAUCUGGCGCUGUGAGGCAGCAACUCUACCGCUGCGCCACCGUGCUGCCCACUAAUGGGUGCCACAGAUAUGAUCAUACAAUUUACAAUGCACACACAUAAACACAGCUCACAACCAACACAAUCCUUGUAUGGACUGCUGCAGUGGUUACAUGGUGAUGGGAGAGGAGAAAUGUCACUUGUGUUCUCUUUAUAUUUAGUUAUGUGUUGCACCCACAUAAUUGACACUUAAGUGGAAGGUAUUAUUGCAUUGCGACCUUCUGCAAGCCUUCAGGAAUGUCACCACCCAUGAAAAAUAUUCAGCAACAGAGGAUUAUAAGAUACAUUAUUUAUGCGUAACUAAUAGGUACAUCUGAUAGGGAAGUUGAUGCAGAUUGGAACGAUACUUUAAAUUCUAGGUAUUGAAUAGAUGAUUAAUGUUAGGACCUAAGAGAAUUUGACAAAUUAUUAGAUAAAAUAUUGUAGAGAACAUAAUGACACGUGGAUGUUUAAUAAAUAGGGAACAGCAAAUGUCCUUAUCCUAAUAACAUUGAUGUGUUUAUUUCCAGUCCACCAGAACAUGUUUUACUCUCUCUAUAUGAGUGAUUUUAGCGGUAUGCACCCCACUGAAUAUUGUUGAACUGUGCAGUUUGAUUGUAACAUAUGACCCCCUCAGACUAGGAUACAGCUUAUGUUUGUAGAAGUGUUCCAGUUUGUACAUUCUCCCUGUGACCUUGUGGGUUUUCUCCGGGUGCUCCGGUUUCCUCCCACACACCAAAGACGUCCAGGUUUGUAGGCUAAUUAACCAUAUAACCAUAUAACAAUUACAGCACGGAAACAGGCCAUCUCGGCCCUACAAGUCCGUGCCGAACAAUUAUUUUUUUCCCCUUAGUCCCACCUGCCUGCACUCAUACCAUAACCCUCCAUUCCCUUCCCAUCCAUAUGCCUAUCCAAUUUAUUUUUAAAUGGUACCAAUGAACCUGCCUCUACCACUUCCACUGGAAGUUCAUUCCACACCGCUACCACUCUCUGAGUAAAGAAGUAAUUGGCUUGGUAAAAUUGUAAAUUGUCCCUAGUGUGUGUAGGAGUGUUAGUGUGCGAGCACGGACUUAGUGGACCGAAUGGCUUGUUUCUACACUGUAUAUCACACUAAACUAAACGAGUGAAGCUUGUUAUGAUACAUCUAUCAACCUCAUUCAGAACCCAGUAGCUUUAGUACACGGCAAACUCCAGUUCAUUAUACACCCUGUGAUGCUAUUGUCAAUGUUCUUGCAGGCUGAGCCCAGCCAUCUGCACAGCUGGCAGGUGACACACCAACAUCUGGUAAUCCAGGUGUGCAUUGGCAUGCAAUCCAACAAGCACAGCUCCUCUGUUUGGUUGGGCGUAUGAUGGUGAGAUUACUGCAGACAUGUUGGAGGUGGCACUGGGAUGUGAUGUCUCCAACUGUGCCAGGCUGCUCCUGGGCAUUGCCUUACGCCCUAUAAAUAGUAAUGAUACUGACGGGAGAGUAACCAAACAAGGACAACCUUUUGUGGUGGGCAUGAUCACAGGGAGACAGAUUCCAUGGUCAAUGUUCCUGUGGAGUGUGUGUGGUCUCCUGUCCUCAGCCCCUGUGCUUGGUCCUGUCCUGAGGGUAUUGGCUGGCCCAGGGAGCUGGUCCUCUAGGUGAGAGAUUGCCUGGCAUUUGGCUUGCCUGUUGGGGGAGUGGGAGUGCAUGGAGCCUCUUGAUUUACAACUUUGCCAUACACCAAUCAUGUUUGCACGCAGCAAUAAACUGUUUACAUUUGAACUAAACUCUGUGUCUGAUCGUGUGUGAAUUUGACAAUUAUAGGAACACAAACAAAAUUUGGAGCUGGA